AUCCGAACUUGGAAAAUGCCCACACUGAAGUCUCAACCCCUUCACCCUCCAAACUCCUAAAAACCCAUUAAGCAAAGACAGCAAAACUUUCCUUAAAAGAAGAAACCAAAAUUUUCCUCUCACCUUCUCUCCCGCUCCCCGCCUUCCCCCAUCUUCAUUUCAAAAUCUUCACAGUUCCUCAAGAGAAGAUUUACAUUCCUUUUCAUCUGAUCAGAAGGAUGGGGUUAAUGGGUCGUCAUCUGAAGCUGAAGCUGAGGCGAUUUCUCUUGGGAGAAGGGAGGGCAAAUAAGAAGCAGCCUUCAUGGAUGAUGCCCGUUUCGCACGGAUACCAUGUCGUGGAGGAUCCGUUUAGGAACGGGUCGGAUGAGGCCGGGUCGGACUCGGUUGUGGUGCAGAGGGAGCAGGUGGAAGAGCUUGAGCUUUGGUUUUUCGGGGUGUUCGAUGCCCGGAUCGGCGACGGCAUCACCAAGUACAUGCAGUCAAAUUUCUUUGACAGGAAGCUCAAGGAGUCUCAGAUAAGGAGGAAGAGCAAGGAGACGAUGAGAAGGGCUCAUCUUGGGGCAAAGGCAAAGAUUAGAGAGACGGAGGAUGAAAGAGAGGAGGAGGAGGAGGAAGAGGCAAGGAAGGUGGGUUCAGCUUCUGUGAUGGUGAUCAAUGGGGAAAAGCUUGUGAUGGCAUCCAUGGGUGACUAUAGAGCUGUUGUGUGUAAAUACGGCGUGGCUCAUGAGAUCAGCAAAUGGCGCCAGCAAACGGCCAGAAGACACUGGUACCGUAGAUUCAUACCAGGUGCAAUCCGUAUGCCGAAAGUGCGCAUCCUAUCGCGCGAUCCCACAAUGAGAACCUCCAAAAGCUCAGAACUUGUGGUUGGCGCUGAAGAAGUGGACUCUGAAACUGAAUUUAUCAUCUUGGCAAGCCCUGGCAUCUGGGAGGUAAUGAAAAACCAGGAAGCAGUGAAUCUAAUCAGGCACUUGGAGGAUCCACAAGAAGCAGCUGAAUGUUUAGCAAGAGAGGCUUUAACCAGAAUGAGCAGGGGCAACAUUUCUUGUUUAGUUGUUCGCUUCGACUGAUAGAGGCAUAGUGAAACUGCUGAGUGCCAAGGGCGCUGUAGGAGAGGAGAGAGAGAGAGAGAGAGAGAGAGAGAGAGAGAUCAUUGUAGUGAAAUUUUGUGAUCAUAUUUGAGAAUGAAAAAAGUUUCAACCAGCAUGCUGACCUACAUGGCAUUCUGCAGAAA